AGCAUCAGAUCUUUUGGUACGUUUCUUUUUGUCCUCUCCUUAAAUCCGCCGAACUAUACUACAACGUGAAACUUAUACUUGCGCUUUUAAUUCUAUUUUCUCCCACCCACCCACAAUCAUAUCUCCUCCACUCCACAUUCAUAUCAUAGUCGUCUUUGAUGAUGAAUCAAGAAAAAGAAUCCGGCGGCAUCCGAAGAAGAGGAUGUUCAUACCAGAAAGGUGACUUUCUGCCGGAAGAAUCCUUCAAAUCAUGGCAGAACUACACGGCCGCCUUGAAGCAGACUCCGCACCGGUUGAUCGACCGGAUCCUGACGCGGUCCAGGGACCAGGCGGAGCUUGAUUCCAAGGCCAGAAGCCAGACGGAUAUGAAGAAAACUUUGACAUGGUGGGAUCUUAUUUGGUUCGGUAUGGGUGCGGUCAUAGGAGCCGGGAUUUUUGUGCUUACCGGCCUCGAAGCUAAUAAAGAAGCGGGUCCCGCAGUUGUGUUAUCCUAUGUUGUAUCCGGUGCAUCCGCUCUCAUGUCAGUCUUUUGCUACACCGAGUUCGCAGUAGAGAUUCCGGUUGCAGGUGGGUCGUUUGCUUAUUUGAGGGUGGAGUUAGGUGACUUCGUGGCGUUUAUCGCAGCCGGAAACAUCCUCCUAGAGUACGUCAUAGGCGGAGCCGCGGUGGCACGUUCAUGGACGUCCUACUUCGCCACUCUGUGCAACCACGAUCCCGAUGACUUCCGUAUCAUUGCUCAUGGGCUUGCCGAUGACUACAACCGUUUAGACCCAAUUGCGGUCGGCGUCAUAGCCAUCAUUUGUGUCAUAGCGGUCCUCAGCACCAAAGGCUCGUCGCGGCUCAAUUAUGUUGCGUCUUUUGUUCACAUUAUCGUGAUCUUAUUCAUCAUCGUAUGCGGUCUCAUCAAGGCCGACACAAAGAAUUAUGACGACUUUUUUCAUUACAAGGCUCGAGGCGUAUUCAAGGCCUCUGCGGUGCUCUUUUUUGCAUAUGUUGGGUUUGAUGCGGUUUCAACAAUGGCCGAGGAGACCAAGAAUCCGGCUAAGGACAUCCCGAUCGGGCUCGUGGGUUCCAUGGUCAUUACCACCACUUUAUAUUGUGCUUUAGCUGUAACACUUUGCUUGAUGCAACCAUAUUAUGACAUAGAUGUGAAUGCUCCGUUCUCUAAGGCGUUUGAGAAGGUCGGGUGGGAUUGGGCGAAAUACGUGGUAGCUGCCGGAGCUCUAAAAGGUAUGACCUCCGUCCUCCUUGUUGGAGCCGUUGGUCAAGCCAGAUACUUGACUCAUAUUGCUCGAACGCACAUGAUGCCACCAUGGUUUGCAAUCGUGGACGCCAAAACCGGGACACCCGUCAACGCAACCGUGGUCAUGCUCAUGGCCACAGCAGUGAUCGCGUUCUUCACCAAGCUCGAUAUCCUCUCAAACCUCCUCUCCAUCUCCACACUCUUCAUCUUCAUGCUCGUGGCAGUCGCCCUCCUCGUCCGUCGCUACUACGUCUCGGGAGUCACCACUGCCGCCAACCGCAACAAACUCGUUGCUUGCUUAGUAACCAUAAUGGUUUCCUCAUGCUUCACGGCCGGGUAUUGGGGUCUCUCCAAGCAUGGUUGGAUCGGGUACUGCAUCACUGUCCCAAUUUGGCUAGGCGCGACGGUUUGUCUAUGGGCUUUUGUGCCACACGCACGGGAACCGAAGAUGUGGGGGGUCCCGUUGGUUCCGUGGUUGCCAUCAACAUCGAUUGCGAUCAACAUAUUUCUUCUCGGGUCGAUUGAUAGCGCCUCGUUUUUAAGAUUUGCAGGAUGGACAGGUUUGUUGCUGGUGUAUUACUUCUUGUUUGGACUACAUGCAGCAUAUGACACGGCUAAGGAGGAUGAGAAGCAAUGGAGCAAGGUCGAACAAGGGAAGAAUGGGUAUGAGAAUAAACAUAUUGAUAAUGGGUCAUAAACUUAUUUCUAUUUUCCACUUUAUGAAAAUGUGUGAUGUUUAUAUUAAAACUUUCCAAGUGUUGGUUUUUAGUUAAAACGAUGUCGUGUUGAAAGGAAAAAAAAUGAAUUGUGUGAAGCGGGUUCUUGUUAAAAACAGAUUGUAUGUACUCUAUACGAUGAUGUCAUUUGGAAAACGAAGAUUAUGUUUGGGUUUUGAUAUGUAUUUGAAAUAUACAGAACAUGUUUUUUUUUUU